CACUGGAAAGAAAGAAAAAAGAGAGAAAUUACGACGUCUGCAGGGCGAAAAUACACAAAAUACUAAGUGAAUAUGAUUGUUGUUGAGUAAAAACAGCGCAUAACGAACACGGCCAGUGGCAGCAACAACAAGGAAACUGUUAAAUUGCUUAAAUUAAAGCUGGAAGGCGAUAAAGCGGCUAAGCUCCAACAACAGCAGCAGCAGUAAAAGCAGCACAGCAACAAAAGCAACAACAACACCAGCAGCGCAGCAGUAAAAAGUGCCAGUGUGUGUGGGUUGUUUCGUAUGUGUAUGUGUGUUCGUGGAAAUUGAGCCAGGAGGUGGAACAAGGACAGGAAUAGUCACACAGGAACAGGAACCAGAGGAACGCCAACGCGAACGCAAACGAAACGAAACGGGAACGGUGAGAGAGAGAAAGAGAGUGUGUGUGUGCAAGGGAGUGUGAGAAGGUGAGAGAGAGGAUUCGGAGUCGCAGAACGCAGUCAAGUGGAGAGAGCUCCAAUCCAGAGGAGCAGCUCCAACUCCAGCAUCAGCAUCAGCCAUGUCUUCGAAUAAUCAAUCAAGCGACAGCCAAGUGGCAACAAGUGCCAGCCAGCAGCGAGCUAGCAACGCCUCCACCGCUGACGCCACAGACGCCAACAGCUCCUCCGUCGCCGCCGCUGGUGACGUUGGCUCUUCCACUGCUGCUGGCAAUGCCGCCGCCGCCGCUGCCACUUCCUCCUCCUCCUCCCAGGCCAGUGCCAACACCAACGCUGACGCCAACGCCAACGCGAGCAACUCAAACGCCGCGGACCACGAUGGUAGCCCCACAAAGCAGGGCAAGCCCCAUGGCGGCCAUACGGCGGUCAACACCAAAGAGCGUGUGGUGGAUAGCGUUCCCUUCCCACCCAGCCACAAGUUGACGCUGGCCGAGGUCUUCGAUCCGCGCACGGGCAAACCGAAUCAUGACGUCCUGAAGCAGCACUUUGUGCUGGAGGGGCGCAUCGAGGAGGCGCCCGCCCUCAAGAUCAUCCAGGACGGGGCCGCGCUGCUGCGCCAGGAGAAGACCAUGAUCGACAUCGAGGCGCCGGUGACGGUCUGUGGGGACAUACACGGCCAGUUCUAUGAUCUCAUGAAGCUGUUCGAGGUGGGCGGCUCGCCGGCCACCACAAAGUAUCUCUUCCUGGGCGACUACGUGGACCGAGGCUACUUCAGCAUCGAGUGCGUGCUGUAUCUGUGGUCGCUGAAGAUCACCUAUCCGCAGACGCUGUUCCUGCUGCGCGGCAACCACGAGUGCCGGCACCUGACCGAGUACUUCACCUUCAAGCAGGAGUGCAAGAUCAAGUACUCGGAGCGCGUUUACGACGCGUGCAUGGACGCGUUCGACUGCCUGCCGCUGGCGGCGCUCAUGAACCAGCAGUUCCUGUGCGUGCACGGCGGCCUGUCGCCGGAGAUACACGAGCUGGAGGAUAUACGGCGGCUCGACCGCUUCAAGGAGCCACCCGCCUUUGGCCCCAUGUGCGACCUGCUGUGGUCCGAUCCGCUGGAGGACUUUGGCAACGAGAAGAACUCGGACUUCUACACGCACAACUCGGUGCGCGGCUGUUCGUACUUCUACAGCUAUGCCGCCUGCUGCGACUUCCUGCAGAACAACAAUCUGCUGUCGAUCAUCCGGGCGCACGAGGCGCAGGACGCCGGCUACCGCAUGUACCGCAAGAGCCAGACCACCGGUUUCCCCUCGCUGAUCACCAUCUUCUCGGCGCCCAACUAUCUCGAUGUGUACAACAACAAGGCGGCUGUGCUGAAGUACGAGAACAACGUGAUGAACAUCAGGCAGUUCAACUGCUCGCCGCACCCCUACUGGCUUCCCAACUUCAUGGACGUGUUCACCUGGUCGCUGCCCUUCGUGGGCGAGAAGGUCACCGAGAUGCUGGUGAACGUGCUGAACAUCUGCUCCGACGACGAGCUCAUGACCGAGGAGAGCGAGGAGCCGCUCUCUGACGACGAGGCGGCGGCGCGCAAGGAGGUCAUACGCAACAAGAUCCGUGCCAUUGGCAAGAUGGCGCGCGUCUUCUCCGUGCUGCGCGAGGAGUCCGAGAGUGUGCUCCAGCUGAAGGGCCUGACGCCGACGGGCGCCCUGCCCCUUGGCGCCCUCUCUGGUGGCAAGCAGUCGCUCAAGAAUGCCAUGCAGGGCUUCUCGCCCAACCACAAGAUUACCUCGUUCGCGGAGGCCAAGGGCCUCGACGCCGUCAACGAGCGGAUGCCGCCGCGUCGCGACCAGCCGCCCACGCCCAGCGAGGAUCCGCACCAUCCACAGUCAUCACAUCACAGUCAAGGCAACAGCAACAAUGGUGCGGCGCAUGGGUAAGCGGCAUGCCGCAGAGCGGGUCGUGUGUGUGCAGGCAGGCGGUGCGGCAGUGGUGCAAAAGUGGAGUGUGGAGUAGAGCAUAGUCGAGUGGAGUUGAGUGGAGAUCGAGGCAGCGACAGUGGCAGUGUGCAUGGAGACCUAAGAGACAUUUGUUUAGUAAAGUGUCAACGAUUUGUCGUUUUAGCUAAACAUCAUUCUGCAGCUGUAACUGAACCUCGCUCAAGCUUGGCCCGAAGCAGAAGCAGCCACUGAAAGGGAAAUGGAAGAACACCAACAAGAAAACCACAACAAAAUAUCCUUAAUUAAGCUUAAAGCGUGGCAAAGUAACAACUUAAACAAACCAACAACAAAAACAAAAACAAAAACAAACAAAAGAAAACCCAAUUCUAUUUCUAAGCAUAAAUGUAAUACAGCUCUAGCUCCAGCUCCUACUUUCGACCACUUCCGGCUGCAAGCAGCAAGCAGCAGCAGCAGCAGCAGCCGCAGGCGAUUCAUUUGUUUUAGCGCAGGCGCGCGCAUCGCGGCGCACAUUGGAUAUUAGAAUUAUGUGUUGCAUACUUUGGCGGGCCGGCCGCAAGAAUUCCUUUUCUCAAGAAAACCCCAAAACCCAGAAAACAAAACCCCCCCCAUAAUUCUUAGCUUAAGUUGUAAUGUAUAAAAAAACAAAACAAAAACAAAAACAAAAACCGAAUGGGAGUAAAACCUUGAAUGAAAAAUGAACAAAACUUAAACUAAAACUAAAAAGGAAAAAAAAGAAACUACAACUAAAUGGAGAAAAAAUGAUGGUAAAAAUCCAGCGCUAAUCUGUUAAAAACAUUUAGCAGCGCCAAAAAGAAGCGAGCAUAUAUAAACAUAUGGAAUAUAUAAAUAUAUAUUUAAAUAUCGAUCUAUAACUAAACAAAUAUGAAGAAACAAUGAUUUGAAUAUGAACAAAGCAGAAAACAAAACAACAAAUCAAACCAACUUUUGUGCAAUCCUUGUCUUGUAAUCCAUAACAUCAACUUGAAACAUCAUGAAACUGAGCGAUGAAGAGAGGAGAGAUGGGAAACCAGUUUGCAAUAUGUGCCGCAAUAGUCCAUAAAUGUUCCUUAUACGAAUUAAACUUGAAAA